GAUACGUUCACUCGUCAUCUAUCCUUUACAUAAUUUAGUUGCUGUAAAUGAGAUUCGCCAUUAAUUAUUGUUAAGAAGCGAUUUCUGGCGUGGUUUUACCAACUAUUUAUUUAAACUUAAAUAACAGUGUUAAGAGUUUGAUUUAUCUUGUGUUUCAACAUUCAAGUUUGUUAAGUCGUUGAAAAUACAUCCUCAUUUUAAAGUGUGGUAUUCGGAUGAUUCAUUUUACAAUAUGAAUAAACACGGAAGUUUUGGGAUAUUUAUGAUUUUAGUUAUAACAGGAAUAGUGCAAAGCUGUCCCAGUGUUUAUCCAGUUUUCUUUCGACGUCCUGGAAGCCAGGUGGAAAUAAAACUUACAACAACUAUAGACACAAAUAGCUUAAGAACCUAUCAGAUUUCAAAUGGGGACACACUUUACGUCUCAAUAACAUUUUUUAGAGGAAUUAUUGCCGACGAAACGGAGGUAAAUUGUCCUAAGGCUAAUUGUGAGUUAUCUGGGAAUGUCGAUAACGGAAACUUUCUCAUUACCCUAUUGGAUUUACAGGCAGCAGCAGCAGGAACAUUCCAGUUAAGGGAAAUCAACAAUAACGUUGUAAUAUCAUGCUCAUCGUUAUUCAUUCUCGGGCCACCAACUCCUCCUACCGUUUUAUCAAACAAAGAUCCUUCCGUCGGGGCGAGUGUCAUUGUUACUUGCAGAAGUGCAUCUACAACCACACCAUCCAACCAUGGGCUUCGAUUGUCGUUCAACUGGACAAUUUUCGGUCAGACAAACCCUGCCGACCCGCGUUACGCGUACUCUGCAUCAAGACACCAACUCACUAUUUCUAAUGUGCGGAAGACGGACAGCUUCAUUGUCAUGAAAUGUUCGGCCACGGAAGAUGUAAUCGAUGGAUAUACCUCUGAAAGUGAUCCGUUCGCGCUCAAUGUAGUUUAUGGACCGAAUUCUUCAAUGAUAAAUGUCACAUCACCAUUUACUGUAACUGAAGGUUUUAUGACUACAGACAUAGCUUGCACGUCUGACUGCUGGCCUAGAUGUAUCAACAAGUGGUACAAUGACACUACCAAUGUCAUUAUUACAAAAACAGGCACAAUGUCUUUGGGUAAACCCCAAAGAAGUCAAACUGGAAAUUAUACUUGCGUAGCUGAGAAUAUCGAUGCAGAAUACAACAAACGCACCAGUACCACGUUAGGAAUAAUAGUACAUUAUCCUCCUGAAGUUCAUGUUGACUCGAAGAACGCAUCAUCAGAUGACAAAGUCGCCAUUCUCAAGUGCAUUGCAAAAGGUGUACCUGACCAUUACACCUAUAACAACUGGGAACAGCGGUGGAUAGGCUCAAACUUAGUGAGGAACUGGCCAUCUAAAGGUUUACCUAGCUUGAUUCUUGAAGAUCUUACAUAUGAACAUUCAGGAGUUUAUACGUGCUCAGCAAGUAACGGCGUUCCUAGGUUUCCAAAUAGAAUUAACAAUACGGAAUCAUCAGCUUACAUCUUCAUUAAAGAUGUGCCUGUGGUUUUGUCACCUACUUUAUCAAAAGAAGAAAUACUUGUCGUUCUUAGUAAACUUGGCGAUACAAUAUAUGUAAACAUAACGGUAUUUUCCAACGUUGGUGGCUUUGAGGCUUCUGUAGAAAGAACUUAUGGCAGUUUCCAUCCAAAUACAAUUAGCUCAGUGAUAUCAGAGAAAAAAGUGAUGCUUCCAGUGUUUGGUACAUUGAUUGAAGAAGAUGGCUAUUCUGUUGAUAUUGUCAUAAUCACGGAAAAUGAACAAGAUUUUUCCUAUUACACAGUACGAAUCAAAAAUGAUUUCAAGCAAACAACGCUUCUCAUUGAUGUUAGAGCUGAAGGUCCUCCGACAAUUCCUACUCAAUUCACAGUCAGCAAAAUCACUCAGAAUGCGAUCGAAACGUCAUGGUUUGCGGAGUUUAACGGAGGAUUUCGACAAACCUUUGUUAUACAGAUAAGCAUUGAUGAACAUCACUGGAGCAACGCAUCGAUUCGAAUUGAAGACAUCGAUACGCUAAGCAAAAUAUACAGGCAUACAAUAAACAAUCUUGACCACUCAACAAAGUAUUUUCUUCGAUUAUAUGCCUUUAAUGAGCUAGGUACGAGUGGUUUUACUAGUGCUUUACAAGCCACGACCAUUGACACUCAAGAAAUGCAAGCGUUGGAUCAAGGCCUGAGUUCACCUGGGAGAAGCAUCCCAGUCCGCAUAACAAAUGAAUGUACGGAACAUGUUCUACCACAGUUAUACCAUGAAUCUAGUUCAACGGGAACAGUGACUAGUGGGGUAUUUGGUGGAGUUGUUGGUGGAGUUGUUGCUCUAGCUGUCGUUGUUGUAGCUGUUUUAAUAAUUUCCAGAAAAUAUCGGAUUUCUUGUUUGAAACCCUCAGACAGUGAAAGAAAUACCAAAAUCCAAUCAAAUCCAGUGUUUGAGACUCAGACAGCCUCACCUUACGAACAUCUGAAUACCAGAGAGAAAACGGAAUACACAGAAAUAGGCAUGACUGCUGUUGGACAAUCUGGUGUUGGCAGUCCCAACAACGAAACCUCCUCUUAUGAGCGUCUUCACACCAGAGAAAAUGCCGCCUUUACAGAGCUGGGAGUUUCUCCUCCAGAAAGUCAGACUCAAUUUGAGAGUCAACAGACAGAUUCGCAUACAGCAAGCAGUAAUUAUGAAGUUCCAGACAACCAAGAACCUUCAAAGGAACCAAAAGAUUACGGAAAUGGAACAAACCCGAAGAAAACGCAAGCCAGUACGUAUACAGCGCCGUUGGAACAUCAGUAUACAGCCCUUGGUGCGAAGAGGUAGAAGAUACAGUUAUUUGUGACUUCUAUAGAAGCAUUUGCAUUGCUCCACGAACAUGUUGCUGAUCUGAUUCUUUUUACUAAUGUAUACAAGAAAAACAGAAAAUAACAAUAUUCAACAUAAUGUUACAAGAAAGGUUGGCUUGUGAAUUAUAUUUUUGGAAUAAACAUUUGCAUGUGCACUUAUGGGAGUAGAUAAUUCAUAAUACAGUGCUUGUGAACGUUAUGAGUAAACGUUACAUGUACAUUUGACUGUGAAUUGUAACCCCAAUAUGUAUUAAAAUAUACUGUGAUGUAUCGUUGCAUGUGUGAUAUGACUGUUGCUGUUUUGUACGCUUUGUGUAUUUUGUUAGGUGUCUGUAAAGCUAUCGAAUUGCGCUUUCACAAUUGUCUUUGAAAGUUACGCUAUUUGGCUUGACCCUGUAAUUUCGAUUAUACUGUUAUAUAUUUGCGAACAUGCCUGUAAGCAGGGCAGAGUCAGACGCCAUUCCUGCUGUAAAUAUAUCUUACCUUAGAAAUACAUUGAAUUUGUACAAUUUACCAAAUUUUUCAAAGGAAAUCGACUUUGAACAUACUAAAGAAAUGGUCGUACUUGUGUUUAAUAUAUGAAAGAGACAAUUAUUAGUAAUGUAACUCGGGCGAUGAUUGUUUUGCAGUCGAACAAUGUUGAAAAGUGCCGUUCAUACUGAAAGUGCUAUAAAACAUAACUAUAAAUUCACAAGACUAAAUACGUUAAGUGCCUCUCACCAUCACCAUCAUCCAUCCAUCAAAAUGUAAUUCACGAAAAGGUUUACUUUUGUAGUUUACUAUCGAGCGCAUACAUUUGCUAAUCUAGUAAGUAAAUCAAAAUAAACUUUUACAAGCAUAGAAACAUUUUUAAAGCAUGAUUACUAAAUUAACACUCAAACUCAGAACCGACUCAUUUUAGAUCUAAACCAUUUAAGUCACAAAAAUCAAAUAAAUCAUGUUCAUCCUAUGUGUACUCUUUUUAAGGGCAUUUUUUCUAAUGGCAAUAUUAGAUUAUUUUGUAUAAAUAAGAAAUGGAUUUGUAUUUCCUUUUCUAAAAACUAAUUUUAGUUGAGUGACAAACAGUUCUUUCAAAUAAUAAGUAUUGUUUUGUUUUGUUUUUUAGUCUAUUUUUACCUAUUUUAAGCAAUACAUUAUUUGAAAUCGAUAUAACUUUUUAAAAAUAAUAUAACGGUAUCUACCCUGGAAAAAAAUGUUUAUACAUAUACUUUAAUUCGUGAGCCAAUUGUGCGUGUUAAUAAAACCGUAAUAUGCUAAAGUGUUGUACUUGUUUCACAGCAAAUAUUUGUCUCAGUCUAUAGUAUUUGCAAACUUUGAGAACCACAUUAAUUUUUAAGUUGUUAAUUUCAAAAACAUUUAUUUCUUUCAUAACACAAUAUUAUCCCAAAUAGCAUGUAUGAAAACAUCCCUUUGUUCGGUGUUGAUAUCUUUUUAUGGACAUUUAAUACUCAUUAUUACUGCUCAUUAUUUUUAUAAAUUACACAUUUGCCUUCCAUCACCCCAGUAGCGUGCUAGUCUACUAAAGUUAUAUUACUUUCAAUGUAAUUUUUCUUUAUCUAUUUAUUUAUCCAACCUUUUGUAACGGACAAUUUGUUUUGGCAUUCAUUU